AGGCUAUCCCCAGGGGCGGAGAUAAGAGGGCCUUUCCCAAUCCAGUAAUGGGCCUGGGAGAUGCCAGGAGAUUAGUGUGAUGCCUGUCCGAAGAGGUGGGCCAGUUGAUGCCCAGGUCGGGGCCGUGCCGCUGGCCACACUGGGCUUCGGUCUGAGAUUAGAAGGUUGUACUUAGCUGCAACCCCUCUCUGGCUCCACUGCCACCCACCGCCCGCGGGCAGCCGGGAUUGGGGAGCCGGGCGGCGGCAGUGACCACAGCUCCCCAGGAGGCCCCCGCCCGGCCUCUCCAGGCGAGCAGUGGAGUUGGCCCUGCACCGGGCCGCGCCAUGCGCAGCACCACGCUACUGGCCCUGCUGGCGCUGGUCUUGCUCUACUUGGUGUCUGGUGCCCUGGUGUUCCAGGCCCUGGAGCAGCCCCACGAGCAGCAGGCCCAGUGGGAGCUGGGGGAGGUCCGAGAGAAGUUCCUGAGGGCCCAUCCAUGUGUGAGCGACCAGGAGUUGGGGCUCUUCAUCAAGGAGGUGGCUGAUGCCCUGGGAGGGGGUGCGAACCCAGAAACCAACUCGACCAGUAACAGCAGCCUCUCAACCUGGGACCUGGGCAGCGCCUUCUUUUUCUCAGGGACCAUCAUCACCACUAUCGGCUAUGGCAAUGUGGCCCUGCGCACAGAUGCUGGGCGCCUCUUCUGCAUCUUUUAUGCACUGGUGGGGAUCCCGCUGUUUGGGAUCCUGCUGGCAGGGGUCGGGGACCGGCUGGGCUCUUCCCUGCGCCGUGGCAUCGGUCACAUCGAAGCCAUCUUCUUGAAGUGGCACGUGCCACCGGAGCUGGUGCGAGUGCUAUCAGCGAUGCUCUUCCUGCUGAUUGGCUGCCUGCUCUUUGUCCUCACGCCCACGUUCGUGUUCUGCUAUAUGGAGGAAUGGAGCAAGCUGGAGGCCAUCUACUUUGUCAUAGUGACGCUCACUACCGUGGGCUUUGGUGACUAUGUGGCUGGCGCUGACCCCAAGCAGGACUAUCCAGCCUACCAGCCGCUGGUGUGGUUCUGGAUCCUGCUUGGCCUGGCCUACUUCGCCUCCGUGCUCACCACCAUCGGGAACUGGCUGCGAGUAGUGUCCCGCCGCACACAGGCACAGAUGGGCGGCCUCACCGCGCAGGCUGCCAGCUGGACCGGCACAGUGACGGCGCGGGUGACCCAGCGAGCUGGGCCCACCGCACCGCCUCCACAGAAGGAGCGGCCACACCUGCCUCCACCGCCCUGUCCCGCGCAGCCGGUCGGCAGGCCUCGAUCCCCCACGCCCCCAGAGAAGGUCGAGCCGCCUUCCCCGCCCACGGCCUCGGCCCUGGAUUACCCCAGCGAGAACCUGGCCUUCAUCGACGAGUCCUCGGACACGCAGAGCGAGCGCAGCUGCGCGCUGCCCCGUGCGCCGCCAGGUCGCCGCCGCCCCAACCCCGCCAGGAAGCCUGCGCGGCCCCGAGGCCCAGGGCGUCCCCGAGAAAAAGGCGUGCCCGUGUAGGGGCAGGAUCCCCGGCCCGGGCCUCUCAAAGGGCUUCGUUCCUCCUCUCCUUCGUUCCUCCCCCGGCAUGCUUGGCUUGUUUGACCAAAGAGCCCUCUGUCGAUGUGAUUGAAGCCUGGGGAGGAGGCUACGGGUUGCCACUCUGCUACUCCCUACGCCCCCAUCCUCACUUCCAUCCAUUUCCAGACCCCCAAGGCUUUCUGUCUCACCGCCCUGGCCAGGCCUGUCCCUCACAACACCUCACGACUGUGCCUCAAAGCCUGCAUUAAUAAACGAAAACAGUCUGCA